CUGAGCUUUCAGAGCGCCCGAGAGAGGAGGAGAAGGCUGGGGAGCAGAAGCAGCUACAAACACAAACAUUCACCGGAGGAGGAGAAAACAGCGGACAAAAUGAAAACCCAGACCCACAAACCGACCCUCACAGGUCCUCCUUCCUCGUGCCUCCGAAACAGCUCAGAAUCGUCGAGGCAUGGACUCCACAAGACCUCUGAAGGUGCGCUGUGGUAUCUGGAACCGAGACGUCGAUCCUUUAAGUCCUGUAAGUUGCGAGGUCGGCCCUCCAUGGGUUCUUCGGACUUGUUUGUCCAGGACGUCCCACAGACGCUCGAUCGGAUCGAGAUCUGGGGGAUUCGGAGGUCGAGUCAACACCUUGAACUCUUUGUCAUGUUCCUCAAAGCGUUCCUGAACAGGUGCUGUAGUGUGUCAGGGAGCGUUAUCCUGCUGAAAGAGGGAACUGAUAUUAGGGAAUAGCGUUACCAGGAAGGGGUGUACUCAAUCUGAAACAGUGUUUAGGUAGGUGGUUUGUGUUAAAGUAACAUCCACAUGAAUGACCCGAGGUUUCCCAGCAGAACAUUCCACAGAGCAUCACACUACCUCCACCAGCUCGCCUCUUUCCCAUAGUGCAUCCUGGUGCCUUCUCUUCCCCAGAAUAAACGCCACGGAAACACCCGGCAAUGAAACGUUCCGCAGCACCACGCCCGCUGCCAAGGCGACGACCUCGACCCCGCCCACGGUCAAGCCCAUCCUGCCGGUUCAGACGGGGGUCAAAGCACAGGAGGAGGAACAGUCGAGUGGCAUGAGCAUCUUCUUCAACCUGCUCGUCAUCGGAAUCUGCAUCAUAUUGGUUCACUUGCUGAUCAGGUUUAAGCUGCACUUCCUGCCCGAGAGCGUGGCUGUAGUUUCACUGGGAAUCCUGAUGGGAGCCGUUAUAAAAAUCAUCGAGACUCAGGAGCUGGCCAACUGGAAGGAAGAGGAGAUGUUCAAGCCCAACAUGUUCUUCCUCCUGCUGCUGCCUCCAAUCAUCUUUGAAUCAGGAUACUCGCUUCAUAAAGGAAACUUCUUCCAAAACAUCGGCUCCAUCACCUUAUUCGCCGUCAUCGGGACGGCCAUCUCCGCCUUCAUCGUCGGGGGAGGGAUCUACUUCCUGGGACAGGCGGACGUUAUUUACCAGAUGACCAUGACAGACAGUUUUGCGUUUGGUUCUCUGAUCUCGGCGGUGGAUCCCGUAGCCACCAUCGCCAUCUUCAACGCGCUGAAUGUGGAUCCCGUCCUGAACAUGCUGGUGUUCGGCGAGAGCAUUCUCAACGACGCCGUGUCCAUCGUGCUCACCAAUACGGCCGAGGGCUUCACCGGCCCAGACGCCUCGUCUGUAACGGGAUGGCAGACGUUCCUGCAAGCGCUCAGUUACUUCCUGAAAAUGUUCUUCGGCUCGGCUGCUCUCGGCACGCUCACCGGCCUCAUCUCCGCCCUAUGUCUGAAACACUUUGACCUGAGGAAGACGCCGUCUCUGGAGUUUGGCAUGAUGAUCAUCUUCGCCUAUCUGCCGUACGGUCUGUCUGAGGGGAUCAAACUGUCAGGUAUAAUGGCCAUCCUGUUCUCGGGUAUCGUGAUGUCACACUACACUCAUCAUAACCUGUCUCCUGUAACGCAGAUCCUCAUGCAGCAGACGCUCCGCACCGUCGCCUUCAUGUGCGAAACCUGUGUGUUUGCCUUUCUGGGUCUCUCCAUUUUCAGUUUCCCGCACAAGUUCGAGUUUUCUUUCGUUAUCUGGUGCAUCGUUUUGGUUCUUCUUGGUCGAGCUGUAAACAUCUUCCCCUUGUCCUUCUUACUCAACUUCUUCCGCGACCACAAGAUCACCCCUAAAAUGAUGUUCAUCAUGUGGUUCAGUGGCCUGCGGGGGGCGAUCCCGUACGCCCUGAGCCUCCACCUCGGCCUCGAGCCCAUCGAGAAGCGGCAGCUCAUCGGCACCACCACCAUCGUCAUCGUGCUCUUCACCAUCUUGCUAAUGGGGGGCGGGACCAUGCCCCUCAUCCGCAUCAUGGACAUCGAGGACAGCCAAUCACGGCGCAGGAACAGGAAGUACAUCAACCUGAGCAAGACGGAGAAGAUGGGUAACACAAUAGAGUCAGAGCAUCUCUCGGAGCUGACGGAGGAGGAAUACGAGGCACAGAUCGUGCAGCGGCAGGACCUGAAGGGCUUCCUGUGGCUAGAUGCUAAAUACCUCAAUCCCUUCUUUACUCGCAGACUCACACAGGAGGAUCUGCUGCACGGGCGAAUCCAGAUGAAAACUCUGACCAAUAAAUGGUACGAGGAGGUGCGACAGGGUCCGUCCGGUUCUGAGGACGAGGACGACGAAACUGAACUGCUCUGAAACUCUCUCUCUCACUCACACACACUCACUCUCACACACACUCACUCACACACACACACACACACACACACACACACACACAUCUAUUACUUCUGCUGAAUGUGGUACACGGGCUGUACCACUGUACCAAGUCACUGGAACGUGCCAAAACCCCACAGAAAUGGGGGAGUCAUCUCGGUUCGGGAUGGAGGCGUGCUUUCGGAUCAGCACUGGAGAGAAAGUAAAACGCUUUUUCCUAUUAAAAAAAAAAGGGAAGGAUGUUAAAUGGAAGGGGAUGUUGACGUAAAAGCAAUAGCAGGUUUAUUUCUUUGUGUUCUGGGGUUUUAUAAUGAAGUCACUGUCUUUUUAUUUUAUUUUAUUUAUUAUUCUAAAUUACAAACACUGCAAAAAAUGAUAUCGUAGCAAGUGAAAACAUCUGGAAUAAGGGCUAUAUAUAUAUAUAUAUAAUAUAGUACAUUUCAGUAGAAUAAAUGCAAGAUUAUUAAGUCCAUUUCUAGACAUUAUAAAAGAUUUUUAUAAUUAAUUUUAAGUUAAAAUAUGAGGAGAAAUAGGAUUAAAGGGAUGGUUCACCCCAGAAAUAAAAAUUCUGUCAUCAUUUACUCCCCCUCGUGUUGUUCCGAAACUGUACGACUGAAUUUGUUCUGUGGAACAUGAAAGAAGAUAUUUUGAGAAAUGUCUGGGUUUGUUUAGUUUUUUUUUUGUCCAUACAAUGGAAGUCAGUGGGCACCAAAACUGUUUGGUUACCAACAUUCUUCAAAAUAUCUUCUUUUACGCUCUGCAGAAGAAAGGAAUGCGUACAGGUUUGGAACGGCACGAGGGUGAGUAAAUGAUGACAGAAUUUUCAUUUUUGGGUGAACUGUCCCUUUAAGGAUCUUCUAUUUGUUUUAUCAUAAAUCUCGUAAAUUAUUAUUAUUAUCGUAAAUUUCCUAUAACAGCAUGUCCUGGAGUGUUCCGCCCCGCCCCGAAAACAUAAGGUUACAGCUUUAUCUCUGACUGUUACCGAGCGCUGACACUGGAGACUCCUUCUGUAACUCUUAAACAAGUGAUUCCACACAUUUUUAAUCAGCGCAGCGUGCGCUGUACACGUCCCUGUGAGUGAGCCGUUACUAUAGAAACGAUAACGUAUUAGAACGAGCGCAUUAAUAUAAACCCGUCAUUUACAGCUGCACUGCUUUUAAAGAAAAUGAAUCAACACCUUCUGACCAAUCACAAUGCAGCAGUGCUGUGUAUAUCACACGAGAGAUUAGAUCAGUUUGUCUGUAUUCCAGAUUAAUAUUAUGAUUAUUUUAUGCUGUGAAAGGACACUGUUGAAUGUACAGGUCGUGGGAUUUUAAGCUUGUUAAUGUUUGUGAAUAUUUAUUCAUUUUGUCUGUAAUUGGAGGACGUGGUUACAGGUUGUACCCGUUCAUUUUUUACAUCUUGCUACUGAGUGGUUUUGGAGACUUUCCGAGAAGACGCUGAGGAUGUAUGGUGAGGGUUUGCGGUUAUCAGAUUAUACACAGCCGUAGUUCAGGGGGAAAUCACAUUUAUUAAAAAAGAAGCUAAUUUGUCACCUUUAAUGAAAUGAAUCUUGCAUUUUAGACAGAAUACUGACCGAUUAUUCAGCGUAUGUGUGAGGAUCACUGGAAAGAAACUGAAAAGUUUACUACAGGGCGUCUCUGGGUUUUCUUCUAUUUUCGAGAGAAAACCUGCUUUCGUAUCAGUUGUAACCGGAUUAUCAGUUUUGACGUAUUUAACAAAUAAAUAACAAAAGGGUGUGUCCAAAAUGAGGCAAAGAAACUAAACUUGUUGCAGCAAGACAUUUAGUGUCUCGGGUUUUAUAGAUGUUUCUUUUCAAUAUCACCGGUAACACAAAUAGUCAAACUGUACAUCCGAAUAUUAUCAGUAAAGAAAUGUAAAUGUUUUUUUUUUAAGUUUGCCUUUAUAAUUGCUGCAGAAGAGCUGGUUUUGUUCCAGGAUGAUCCCACAUCUCGUUUUGCAAGGCUGGUAUUUGUUGAUAAAUCAUCAAACAUGCGCAAAACAUUUUCCUUUUUCAUUGUGAGGUCAAAAUUUUUGCACACCACCCUAUGUGCCAUACACUAACUACACACAUGAAGGAGAAUAGAAUUCACAGCUCCGGAUUUUUCGGUUCGUGAGAUUGAUUAAGCCAGUUUUUUGGCCAAAACAAAUGAAGCAAAGACAUUUUAUUCUACAGUUUUGUACCGAGUCUUAUAGCUACUGUUUACUGUUCUGUCUAACACGUCACACAGCUCGGGGAAAAGGGGAAAUGUAUAUGUACAUUUAAUUGUUAAAGAUGGAAUUUUAUUAUAUUAUCACUUUAGUGCUUCAGUUCUUCAGAACUUUACCAGUUCAUGGGUAAAAUUCCUGUUUCCUGAAAUACUGUGACUGAAAUUUGAAAUAAAUUAAUGACGAAAGUU